AUGACAGGUCAUACAAAUUGGCUUGGUCAUUCUACAAGAUUAUUAUCACUGCCCAAAGAAUUACUACUCGAAAUUAUAACUUCCGUCGCACUAGAAUCAACCAAUCCUCUUCAGAUUUUUCCAACUUCCUUAAUAGAAUUAUCACAGUGUUGCAAAUAUUUGUACCAUCUCGUACAUAAAGACCGCUGGAGAUUACAAACCUUAUGGCCCGUUGCAUUUCACCAUACAUUCGACACUGCAGCAAUUUAUAGACGUAGACUCAAUACCGACUUGAAUUGGCAAGCCGUAUUAGAACGACGCUGUAAAGCACUCUACCAAUGUCGCUCCUUUGCUGCAAACCCAAACGAAAUAGAACGACUCAAUACCAUUGACUGGGAGGUUAUUUGGGACAUGAUAACUGAGCAUGAUCAGUACAACAUUCCCCAUCUGUUGAACUAUCAAGUUCAGUUUGCCGCUGGUGUUGCCUUUCAAUUGGGUCCUUAUCGGGAUAGAGAAGUCUAUCCUGUUGUGUUACCAAUUUUAUCACUGCUUGUCAACUAUGAUUUUUCAAUUACACGAUUCUUUUAUCAAAAGGACAAUUCAUCUAUUGUCUCCAACGAGUUAAGUCAGUUUGCCUACAACUUUGAAGCGGAUGCACUCAUUACCCAACACACCCCUCUCCGAUAUUUCCACUCUUGGUCUUCCCCGCCUGACCAACAGACCACAACAACAAUAACAACAUUCUAUCCUGCUCAGGACCCCCUCGCUUCCGCCUUUCAUUUAUUUUUUGCCACCAUCUUUGCAUCUCACCCUAAUAUAUAUCAAGCUAUACCUGGAUGUAUUCCUAUUCCCCUCUUCACCUUGACUUCCGAAUCCUUUGAUGUCGAAUUCCUAAGACGUUAUGAACGCAACCUUUUCUUUGCUAGUCUCCAAGAAUCCCGUCAAGGCUGGAAAGAAAAACAAACGAAUAUCGUCUCAACAACAACUCCUUCAAAUAAUAUUUAUGCUAAAUCGGGUUUUGCUUCCGCCAGUCAUUUUGUCAGUGAAGCGCAUCUGAUCGAAGGUGAAUGGAUGGGCUAUUAUACCUUUCAAGAUACCGAUGAUGAGGAUACCGAACCACAUUUUUCAAACACCGAAUUUCCGCUGCAAAAUAACGCCACAGCGUCAACAACAACAGCAGCACCAGCAGCAGGAGCAGGAGCAGCCACAAUGGAAGACUGGUUUGACGGCCCCAUGCGUCUAACCAUCAAGAUUGUUCCUUUGGAAGACCCCUCGGGUGAACCUAUCAAUCAGUCUUCUUGGUUAUCUCGCUGGUUAGAUGAAGACUCUGAAAGAGGCGAGUCAAUGAUGAUGAUGGAACCACGAAAGAGGCGCAAAAUUGCAACCUCUGUCAAUCAUGACAAAUCAUCGGCCAAUAUGAGCUCAAAUCAACAAUUCCCUGCCAAGCAUUUACGCGCCUGUCCUUUAACCCGAUUUGAAGGCACCGGUGUGGACAAUCUCGGUGCAUUUUCCGUUUCUGGUCUUGUGGAUGAUACAGAAGAAGGCCAAGUGACUUGGGAGAAAAAUUACAUUGAUUCUGGUGAAACCUGGGAGUACUCUGGUCGAUUUGCUUGGCCCAUGGGUCUUUGCGGUCGAUGGGGAGAUGAAGAAUAUGGAGGUCCUUGGUGGAUGUGGAAAGUUCCCGAUAAAGAUGCCGUCUUACCUUCCACAGCAAUAUCCACACUCACCAAGUAA